AUGGAGAAGGUGCAGCACCACCUGCAGCUGCUCCUGCUGUUGACCUUUGUGGAGGAAGAAGGGCCUCUGAUGUCCAAAUCCGACCUUGGCUCCUGGCUUAUAGAAAAACAGGAAGAACUGCUUGUCCAAGAGACGUUGACAGCAAAGAAAUGCCUUGAGUGUGGAAAGAGUUUUUGGAAGAGUUCAGCACUUCUCACUCAUCGAAGGAUACACACAGGGGAGAAACCAUUUAAAUGUCUGGAGUGUGGGAAAGUAUUUAAUCAGAAGGGGACGCUUACUACUCAUCAAAGAAUCCACUCUGGCAAGAAACCAUUUGAAUGCUUUCAUUGUGGAAGGCGCUUCUGCCAUCAAAGUGGCCUUAUAGUACAUCAAAGAAGACACACAGGGGAGAGGCCAUUUAAGUGUCUGGAGUGUGGAAAGCGCUUCAAUCAAGCAUCUGUCCUUAAGUCCCAUCAAAAAACUCACACAGAGGAGAAACCAUUCAAAUGUCUAGAGUGUGGAAACCGCUUCAAGCGUCAAUCAAGUCUUAAGUCCCAUCAAAGAACUCACACCAGGGAGAAACCAUGUAACUACUUGGAAUGUGGAAAGAGUUUCAGCCAAAAUGAGGAGCUUGUUUCAUUCCAAAGAAUUCACACGAGAGAAAAACCAUUUGAAUGUUUGCAUUGUGGAAAGAAUUUCUUGCAGAAGGAAGAACUUACUAAUCAUCAGUUUAUUCACACAGUGGAGAACCCAUUAAAAUGCCUUCAGUGUGGACGGAGCUUCACAUAUUGGGGUGCCUUAAAAGCACAUGAAGAAGGUCACAGUCAAGAGAUAUAUAAAUGCCUGGAGUGUGGAAAAAGUUUCACUCAGCAGAAGAACCUUAAUUCCCAUCAAAGAAUUCAUACUGGGGAGAAACUGUAUAGGUGCUUGGAGUGCGGGAAAAGUUUUACACGAACUAUCGCUCGAUUCCGCUGA